AUGGGUCUCGCAUUUUCCAAGAUCUUCGACAAGCUUUGGGGAAAGAAGGAGAUGAGAAUUCUGAUGGUCGGUCUUGACGCCGCCGGAAAGACUACGAUUCUCUACAAGCUCAAGCUCGGUGAAAUCGUCACGACCAUUCCUACCAUUGGUUUCAACGUCGAGACCGUCGAGUACAAGAACAUCCAGUUCACCGUGUGGGAUGUCGGUGGUCAGGACAAGAUUCGUCCUCUGUGGAGACAUUACUUCCAGAACACCCAGGGUAUCAUCUUCGUCGUCGACAGCAACGAUCGCGACCGUAUCGUUGAGGCCCGUGAGGAGCUCCAGCGCAUGCUCAACGAGGACGAGCUGCGGGAUGCCAUUCUCCUGGUCUUCGCCAACAAGCAGGAUUUGCCCAACGCCAUGAACGCCGCCGAGAUCACAGACAAGCUUGGCCUUCACUCCCUGAGACAACGCGCCUGGUACAUCCAGUCCACUUGCGCUACCUCCGGUGAUGGUCUCUACGAGGGUCUCGAGUGGCUUGCCACCACCCUGCGCAAGGCGGGUCACCAGUAA